GUGUGGAGAGAACAGAAACGACAGAGCAGGAGGAGGAGUGAAUGGAUGGAGUGACCCAGGAGGAGGAGAGGAUUGCUGAGCGAACAGACCGACAGAGCGCGAAAGGGAAGACGAGAGUGGCGUGGCAGCAACAGCAGAGCAAUUAAACAGUGGAAAGGAAAGCAAAGGCUAACAUGCCGAGCAGCUUCUGUCGCUCGCUCGCACUCUCUCUUUUGAGUGACCGAAGAGGCAGAAGUGAAGCGUCCAGACAACGAUAAAGGACAAGAGGAGGCACGCAAGAGGCAAGGGGAGGAGCAAGCAUGCUUUGAUUGACAGAGUAAAGAGGAGGGACAUGGAUGCAAAUUGAAGAAUUGGAUUUUCUGGGAAUGGAUAUUUUUAGCAAAGGAAAAACAAAGGAGAAGAAGAUAAAGGAUGCCGUUUCAGUCUAAAAGAAGGAUGGAAAAGGGAGGGAGAGAGUGAGAUGCUGAUUUCGGACCAUGUCAGAACAGAUUCCACAUCAGCGGCAUUCAGCCCUCCUGCAGGCAAGAGUCAGUGUGUGUGCGUAUGUGUGUAUGUGUGUGAGAACUAGCACAAAGUACGACCUCUGUAACACCAGGCUUUUGCCCAUGUGCCCCCAUAGUUGAGGACAGAGACACAUAGAGAUGGGAUGGCAAAAAGUCAGUACUGUAUCACUGUCAAAGCUAUAGAAAAAAAGGCAAAAAGACAAGAUGAGUGUAAUCGUGGGGUUGUGGGGUCAGUUAUAGUCUUUGGGAAAAACCCUCUCUUCACGGACUGUGGAAAAGGGUCGCUCAAGACAGUCUAUUUCACCAACAGGUCAGCCUGUCUGGAGAUUCUCUCAGAUCCUUCUUUCUUGUGACUCAGCUGGCUCUGCCUCUCACAAUCCAUCUCUUUUUCAUUAUUCUCUAUUACAAUCUGUCUUGUAUCUAUUGAAUCUUUUCUCUCAUUAAGAUCACUUCCCAUGUAACUGCCUCAUUCUUUCCAAUUCACUCGCCUGAACUUCAGGAGAUUCUGGUAGAAGCUCAGAGGGAGAUUUCAGGCUGUCCCCAAAGCCAGACUAAGUCUGGGCACACUGACCAGAUGGACUGGGGUGGGAGCAAGUGAAAGAGAGAGAGCUAGAAAGAGACAGAGGGACAAAGAAAAUAGACUAGGGAUUUUGCCUGAGGGGUUAUAGAGAGUUGCCAGCGGGUAUGAAGACACAUACUGAAUUUUGGGUGCCUUAGAGAGCAGUGUGUUUGUGCAUGAAUGUGAUUAUUCAAUCCUGAAAUGAAGUUUGCAUACAUUUGACAGGAUAUUAAAGUGGGAGAUGAAGUAGAGUUUGGAUUGUACACUUCAAUUAAACUUAGAGUUGUCCUGCAGGUGCUACAACAGUACGUGACUUGAUUGCUGGACUCUGAACGUUAGAUUUGUAUUCAGGAAGUCAGUGUUGUGGCUCUCUCCGUGCUCCUGGAGCCCCAUGAGGGCCCCGACCGUGGAGGCCUGGCUGGGAGAUGAAGCCGUCCCCCCUGCUGCUCUAGCAGCUCUGUGGGCCCUCAUGGCUCUGGAAGGCCGUUGUCUGCGCCCUGCCUCACCCACACCGGGCCAACGCAGGGCCCGACGUCGCCGCACCCGACCCGGAACACCACGAGACGAUCUGUCCCACCUCACCGCAGCCCUCCUAGCGCGGACUCACCUCCACGGAUUGCGGCACAUCUGCAGCCCGUCUAACUCUCUCAGCCGCCGGGCUUUUUGGAUGUUAGCCUUCUGUACUUGUCUGGGUCUUCUGUUGUCCUGGUCCUCGAAUCGGCUGCUUCACUGGCUGGCCUUUCCCACUCACACAAGAGUCCACACAGAGUGGGCGAGAGAACUCGCUUUUCCCACGGUUACCAUCUGCAACAAUAAUGCAGUACGUUUGUAUCACCUCACUAAGAGCGAUCUGUACUUUGCGGGUCACUGGCUCGGACUGUUGCUGGCCAACCGCACAGCCAGACCCCUGGUGCUGGACCUGCUUCAAGAUGACAGACGGGCAUGGUUUAGCAAGCUGUCAGAUUUCCGUCUUUUCCUGCCUCCACGGCGCUUUGAGGGCACCAGCUUGGAGUUCAUGGACCGACUGGGCCACCAGCUGGAGGAUAUGCUACUGGCCUGCAAGUACCGUGGAGAGCCCUGUGGAGCUCACAACUUCUCCACUGUGAGUCUGAACAAAUGA